AUGAGUAAGUUUUGCAAUGACAUGAGCACGUUGCUUUUUCGUCAGAAGGAAGAUGUAGAUUCUGCAGUAAUAAACAAGGGACCGUACCGCUUGGCGUCAAAGUUCCGAUCCUUUGAAGUGCAACAAAGUGCUUGGUUCAAAAUGACCGCAAAUCAGCGCGACAAACAUCUAAGAAAAUUUCACGAUGCUCAAAUGUCGGAAACAGCAAAUGACACCGAUAAUCCGUCAUGCAGUUCUAUCACUUCCGAAUCGUCCUCACCAACGAUAAAACGAGUUAAUAUCUCCACGGAUUUGGUAGAAUCAGGCAUCCAAUCCGCUCCCGCAGAGAUUCUUCGUUCAAUAUCGAAUAAAGCAGAGGAUUUGCUCAAUAAAAAUGGAUCGAUUGUGCAUGCACCUGGAUCAGUCGACGGCAUGGC